UACUCUGAAUCCAUGUCUUCUUAUUACUCUAUUCUUUCCCUCCUACCACCGUUACCAACCCUUUUGAGCUCUCCACAAAAUCGAACACCACAAUGUCUCACGAGAUUGUGGUCGCGGAGCCUAUUUUCUACGAGUGUGAACCCGAGCUUCCGAAACCGGCCAGUUCAAGUUCAAUCACGGUUAGCUCCGAAAUAGUACUUGACCAGCAGCAGCAGCACCAGAGUGUUCCUGAGCCGUUUGAUAGUGAAAGAUUGCCUCAAACUGUGGCUGCUGAAAUCCAGAGAUUUCUCCGUGUUGCCAACUUAGUCGAAAUCGAUGAGCCUCGUGUUGCUUUUCUCUGCCGUGUCCAUGCCUUUGAAAUAGCACAUAAUAUGGACAAAAAUUCGAGUGGACGGGGUGUUCGACAGUUCAAAACUUCUCUUCUUCAGCGGCUUGAACAGGAUGAGGAACCUACAUUCAGAAGACGGAAGGAGAAGAGCGACAUACGCGAACUCAGACGCGUUUACCAUGAGUACAAGGAAUAUAUUGUUAAACAUGGUAGAACAUUUGCAUUAGAAAGCAGUCAUAGGCAGAAGUUGAUAAAUGCAUGUGCAAUUGCUUCCGUGUUGUUUGAAGUUCUCAAGAGAAUAACAUUUGCAGCCAAUCCUCAGGCUCUUGCCGACAGAGAAAGUGUGAACUCAAAAUCUGAGUUCUUUGUGCCAUAUAACAUUCUACCGCUCGAUCAUGGAGGCAUUCAGCAAGCAAUUAUGCAAUUGCCCGAGGUCAAGGCUGCAGUUGCAGCUGUCCGCAAUAUUCGCGGUUUACCUUCUGCCGAAGAUUUUCAGAAACACGGGGCUUUCACUGAUUUGUUUGAUUUUCUUCAGUAUUGUUUCGGAUUUCAGGAAGGGAAUGUAGCCAACCAGAGGGAACAUCUAAUUCUACUCCUUGCAAACACUCACAUCAGGAAAGCUCAUAAGCAGACAUCGAGCUCAAAGAUAGAAGAUGUUGUGGUGGAUGAACUAAUGAAGAAGUUUUUUAAAAAUUAUACAAAUUGGUGCAAAUUCUUGGGGAGAAAAAGCAACAUCCGGUUGCCUUAUGUGAAACAGGAGGCUCUUCAAUACAAACUUUUAUAUCUAGCGCUUCACCUACUUAUCUGGGGGGAGGCUGCAAACUUAAGAUUCAUGCCAGAGUGUUUAUGUUAUAUUUUUCAUGAGAUGGCUUGGGAAUUGCAUGGUAUGUUAACUGGGGCUGUGAACCCAACAACAUGGGAGAAAGUCAUGCCAGCGUAUGGCGGAGGAUCGGAGUCCUUUCUUAACAAUGUAGUUACUCCCAUAUACAAAGUAAUAAAAGAGGAAGCUAACAAAAGUAAAAAUGGCACAACCGAUCAUUCGACCUGGAGAAACUAUGAUGAUCUCAAUGAGUUCUUCUGGUCUCCUGAUUGUUUCCAAAUAGGUUGGCCCAUGCGUGAAGACCACAAUUUUUUCUGUGUAAACCCUUCAAGUAAACCCAAAGCUAAGAAAGCUUCAAAAUCAACUAAUGCUGAAGAAAAAAGGGAGCUGAAAGAAGAGGAAAAAGAUGAAGAAUUAGGGACUAAUAGAGAGGGAGAUCAAGAACAAAAGCAUGAACAAGAAUGGUUAGGGAAAUCAAAUUUUGUCGAGAUCCGGUCCUUUUGGCAGAUAUUUAGGAGCUUUGACAGAAUGUGGAUCUUCUUUAUUUUAUCCCUUCAGGCCAUGAUUAUUAUGGCAUGCUAUGAAUUGGAAUCUCCACUUCAGUUGUUUGACAAAGCAGUGUUUGAGGAUGUUUUGAGCAUCUUCAUCACAUCUUCAAUCCUUAAACUCAUACAAGCAAUACUGGACAUAGUUUUUACAUGGAAAGCCAGGCAAACCAUGGAAUAUUCCAACAAAAUACGACAAGUGGUGAGGUUGGUUUUUGCAGCGAUAUGGACAAUCAUUCUUCCAACAUGCUAUGCUCACUCUAGAAGAAAAUACACUUGUUUUUCCUCACAAUCUGGAAGCUGGCUUGAAGAGUGGUGUCUUUCUCCCUAUAUGGUUGCAGUUGGAGUUUAUCUGACGCCUAGUGCAAUCGACAUGGUGCUAUUCUUUGUUCCCGCUGUUAGAAAGUAUAUUGAGAUAUCAAAUUCCAAAAUAUUCACUAUUUUCUCUUGGACACAGCCUAGAUUAUACCUCGGAAGAGGGAUGCAAGAAAGCCAGGUCUCAGUGCUGAAGUAUAUGUUAUUUUGGAUACUGGUGUUAUUGAGCAAAUUCUGUUUCAGCUAUUGGUUUGAGAUAAAACCGCUUAUAGAACCAACAAAGCAGAUCAUGAAAAUCGGAGUUGAAAAUUAUGAUUGGCAUGAGCUUUUCCCAAAAUUCAAGAGUAAUGCUGGUGCAAUUGUUGCCGUAUGGGCUCCAAUAGUAGUUGUGUAUUUUAUGGACACACAGAUAUGGUAUUCGGUUUUCUGUACAAUAUUUGGAGGACUUUAUGGUAUUUUGCAUCACCUUGGUGAGAUUCGGACGCUAGGAAUGUUGAGAAGUCGAUUCCAUACCUUGCCUUCUGCAUUCAAUGGUUGUCUCAUUCCUCCAUCAAAAAAUGAUCAAAAGAGAGGAAAAGGUUUAUUUGGCAAUAGAUUUCACAAGGGGCCAGAAAAUGAGAAAAAUGGUGUUGCCAAGUUUGUGCUUGUGUGGAACCAGAUCAUAAGCAGUAUUCGUUCAGAGGAUUUGAUUAGCAACAAGGAGGUGGAUUUGAUGAUAAUACCUAUGUUAACUGAUUUAUUUGCUGGCAUUGUUCGUUGGCCGAUUUUCCUUAUAGCAAAUAAGUUUUCGACGGCGUUGAGCAUCACAAAGGAUUUUGUGGGGAAGGAUGAAACUCUUGUCAGAAAGAUCAAAAAAGAUAAAUGCAUGUACUAUGCUGUAAAGGAAUGUUAUGAGUCACUCAAGUACAUUCUUGAAAUUCUAAUUGUGAGAGAUCUGGAAAAGAGGAUGAUAUCUACUAUAUUAAAUGAAAUCGAAGAAAGCAUGGCAAGAUCAAGUCUCCUUGAGGACUUUAGGAUGACUGAACUCCCAAAUCUACAAGCUAAAUUUGUUGAGUUACUUGAGCUUCUGGUUGAAGGAAAUGUAGAUCAUUAUGGUAAAGUUGUGAAAGUCCUUCAAGACAUAUUUGAGAUUAUAACAAAUGAUAUGAUGAUAGACAGUUCGAGGAUAUUGGAAUUGCUGUGCCAUUCACAGCGGAUGGAAAGUAAUGAACCUUAUUUUACUAGAACUAUUGAACCACAACUAUUUGAGUCAGAUUGUGGGGAGAACUCUAUUCAUUUUCCUUUGCCUGACAGUGCCCCACUGACUGAACAGAUCAAGCGUCUUCUUUUGUUGCUCACCAUCAAAGAUACAGCUUUGGACAUACCUACUAACUUAGACGCACGAAGGCGCAUAUCGUUCUUUGCUACUUCUCUGUUCAUGACAAUGCCUAGUGCUCCGAAAGUGCGCAAUAUGCUAUCAUUCAGUGUUCUAACUCCUCAUUAUAUGGAAGAUGUUAACUUCUCAAUGAAGGAGCUCCAUUCAAGUCAACGAGAGGUUUCUAUUAUAUUCUACAUGCAAAAAAUAUUUCCAGAUGAAUGGAAAAACUUUUUGGAACGGAUGGGUUGUGCAAGUUUGGAUGGACUGAAAGAUGAAGGAAAGGAAGAAGAUCUUAGAAAGUGGGCUUCCUUCCGGGGCCAAACACUGAGCAGAACAGUUAGAGGAAUGAUGUACUAUAGAGAAGCAUUAAAACUUCAAGCUUUCCUUGACAUGGCUGAAGAUGAAGAUAUUCUUGAAGGUUAUGACACGGCUGAAAGAGAAAACCACUUGCUAGCUGCUCAGCUAGAUGCUUUAGCAGACUUGAAAUUUACAUAUGUGGUUUCUUGUCAAAGAUUUGGAUCACAAAAAGCCGCUGGAGAUCCGCGUGCACAAGACAUAAUUGACUUGAUGAUAAGGUAUCCAGCUCUCCGACUUGCGUAUGUUGAGGAGAAAGAAGUGAUUGUGGAAAAUAAGCCUCAAAAGGUCUACUCUUCUGUCUUGCUUAAAGCUGUCAAUGGUUUUGACCAGGAAAUAUAUCGUGUAAAGCUUCCUGGCCCACCUGAAAUUGGAGAAGGAAAACCUGAAAAUCAAAAUCAUGCCAUUAUCUUUACUCGUGGUGAAGCUUUGCAGACGAUUGAUAUGAAUCAAGAUAGCUACUUGGAAGAAGCAUUCAAAAUGAGAAACCUUCUACAAGAAUUUCUUAAGUGCCAAGGACGGCGACCGCCGACUAUACUUGGUCUGAGGGAACACAUUUUUACAGAAAGUGUUUCUUCGCUAGCCUGGUUCAUGUCAUAUCAAGAGACUAGCUUUGUCACCAUUGGUCAAAGACUUCUUGCUAAACCUCUCAGGGUACGGUUUCACUAUGGACAUCCAGACAUCUUUGACAGGAUAUUUCACAUCACAAGAGGUGGCAUAAGCAAAGCAUCAAAAACAAUCAACCUGAGUGAGGAUAUUUUCGCAGGAUUUAAUUCGACUCUGAGAAGGGGGUGUAUCACAUACCAUGAGUACAUGCAAGUUGGCAAAGGCCGCGACGUAGGUUUAAAUCAGAUCUCAAAGUUUGAAGCUAAGGUGGCUAAUGGGAAUAGUGAACAAACUUUAAGCCGUGACAUAUACCGCCUUGGUUGUCAAUUCGAUUUCUUCCGAAUGCUGUCUUGCUAUUUCACAACAAUUGGAUUUUAUUUCAGCAGCCUGAUUUCAAUAAUUGGAAUCUAUAUCUUCCUUUAUGGGCAGCUAUAUCUUGUUCUUAGUGGGCUGCAAAAAGCAUUGCUUAUUGAGGCUAGAGUCCAGAACCUAGAAUCCUUGGAAACAGCUCUUGCAUCGCAGUCGUUUAUACAGCUUGGCCUCCUCACAGGCUUGCCAAUGGUUAUGGAGAUUGGACUAGAGAAAGGAUUCCUAACAGCUCUAAAGGAUUUUGUCCUCAUGCAACUGCAGCUGGCUGCUGUCUUCUUCACUUUCUCCUUUGGCACAAAAACUCAUCAUUACGGCCGUACACUUCUCCAUGGGGGUGCUAAAUAUCGCCCCACCGGGAGAAAAGUUGUGGUGUUCCACACAAGCUUCACUGAGAAUUACAGACUCUACUCAAGAAGCCACUUUGUUAAGGGAUUUGAGUUGUUGCUCCUCUUGAUUGUUUACGACUUGUUUCGGCGGUCCUAUGAGAGCAGCAUGGCUUAUGUACUAAUCACAUACUCGGUCUGGUUCAUGUCAAUCACGUGGUUGUUUGCGCCGUUUCUUUUCAAUCCUUCUGGAUUCAGCUGGGGCAAGAUUGUGGAUGAUUGGAAGGAUUGGAACAAGUGGAUAAGGCAGCAAGGUGGCAUAGGGAUUCAACAAGACAAAAGCUGGCAUUCUUGGUGGAAUGAUGAACAAGCUCAUCUUCGUCAUUCGGGGAUAUUUUCAAGGCUGUUUGAAAUACUCCUUUCUCUCAGGUUUUUCAUGUAUCAAUAUGGUCUGGUCUAUCACCUCGACAUCUCCCAACAUAGCAAAAAUGUCCUGGUCUAUGUGCUCUCGUGGAUUGUGAUUCUUGUCGUUUUCUUCUUUGCCAAGGCAGUGAACAUUGGAAGACAAAAAUUGAGUGCCAAUUAUCAACUUUUGUUUAGGCUGUUCAAAGCAAUCCUCUUCAUUACCGUUUUGGCAAUCAUAAUCACUCUUUCUCGGAUCUGCCAACUGUCUUUAAGGGACUUAAUAGUCUGCUGUCUAGCAUUUCUGCCAACUGGAUGGGGUUUGAUCAUGAUUGCACAAGCUGUGAGGCCAAAGAUAGAAGACACUGGACUUUGGGACUUCACCAGGGUGCUUGCUAAAGCCUAUGAUUAUGGAAUGGGUGUUGUCCUUUUUGCUCCAAUAGCUAUUUUGGCAUGGCUUCCAAUUAUAUCAGCCUUUCAAACUCGUUUCCUAUUCAAUGAAGCUUUCAAUAGGCAUUUGCAAAUCCAACCAAUUCUUGCCGGGAAAAGAAAACAAAAAUAGUUUUUUCUACAAUAUUACACGUAAUAUA